AUGCUACUGUUUCAGCUACCAGAUGAUGUUUUGUAUCACAUAUUGUCUUAUUUGGACAGUAAAACACUGAGUCGUCUCUCCCAGGUUUCUAAAGCAAUUCGGCACAUUGUAAGCCGCGAUGUGGUGUGGAAGAAGAUUGCCAAAGAGUUGUUAAACACUGGAAUUACUCGAUAUUGGACAGACAUAUAUCCUCACAUCUUGCUUAAGGACAGAGUGAAGAUUUCUCAAAACUGGUGCAAUGGUGUCUGCAAAAGGGAUACUCUUUUAAAGUGGAAAACAAAAUUGUUGCCAUGGUUACAGCUGGAUGGGGACACACUAUUUUUGUCUCAGGCUGGAGAAAUAAGAGCCUACUCUCUACAGCAAGAUCGCAGGAGGGCACGGCAUAACCCUAUAAAAAUCUACUCUGGCCACCAGGCAGAUGUCUGCAGAUUUGUUCUUAAUGACUCACACCUAAUCAGUGGUGGCAGUGAUGGCAAUAUACUGGUCCACGGUAGAAGAAAUGACAGCCCAAUCAAGUUAUUAGGUCAUAAUCAGGAAGUAAACUGCAUUGACUCAAAAAAUGAACUAAUCGUCAGUGGCUCUAGGGACCAAACAACCCAGAUCUGGACAUUGACCUCUAGUAGCCGCAGAGAGAUAAUUUCAUUGCAUGACAGAGUAUGGUCUGUGGCAAUUAAUCCCGCACUGAGUUCCUUUGUAACUGGUACUGCUUGUUGUAAGAACCUCUCCCCGCUUCGCAUCUGGGAUGUUGAACGGUUGGUGUGUUUAUGCAGUCUAGGUUCAGCUUUCCGUCGCGGGGCUGGUGUUUUGGAUAUGGUGUUUGAGACACCGUUUCACCUCUUCACCUGUGGCUAUGACACAUUUAUCCGACUCUGGGACCUUCGCCAAAGUCCACAUAAGAAUGUAAUGGAGUGGGAGGAGCCUCAUGACUGUGCCUUAUACUGCAUGCAAACAGAUGGAAAUCACAUGAUAGCCAGUGGCUCCUCCUACUAUGGCGUCGUUCGACUUUGGGACAAAAGACGGACUGAAUGCUUACAGUUUUUCCAGUUGAGCUCUGACCCAGUGAGUAGCCCAGUGUACUGUCUGCGUUUCAGCAGCACUCACCUGUAUGCAGCCCUUUCUACUGCACUCCACUCAUUAGACUUCAGACACAACCUCAACAUCAAUGUCAGGUGA